AUGAUUCCCGACACAGGUAACAAAUACCACGGCAAGGGCAUCAGCCACGCAGUCCCCAAACCCACCGCCAGCUCAUUCACGACUCCUGAUCCCGCCGAGAUGACUUCCGCAACCUUCCCCUCGACCCCCAUCCCCGACCCGUUCCCCGAUCCCCCCGCCGACCACCUCGACUCAGUCAUCGAAAUCAGCGACGACGACGAAGCCGAGAUUCACCCCCCUGCUUCUCCCACCAAGAACCGCGCCCCUCACACCAACACCUCUCUUCAUGAUCUUCGUGGUCGUUCUCGUCUGCGCGAUCCCUCCAAGAAGCACUCUUCGUUCGCUGAUCCCCCUCCUUUCUCUAUGGGCCCUCUCCCGUCAACACCCCCCAGAGUCCCCGCCUACAUCAGAGCCGAGCAAGCCAAGAAGCAUCUCGUCUCCGUCCUCCUGGAGGACGCCACAGAUGAGCUUUGGAGACUCAGCAACACCGUCUCCACUGCGAGAUCGACUGCCAGACAGGGUGAACACGAAAAGGUGGACAAGCUGCUCUAUGACCUGUCCUCCCAGGCUUCGAGGUUAAAGCUCAAGUUGAAGGAGGUAGUAGAGACCCACAAUCGACGCUGA